UGUUCCACAACGGAGCAGGAAAGACCCUUUUGCGUGACCUACUGGAUAUGCGGCACGAGAUUGGGGUUGGAUCUAAGUGGGGAAUCAAGAUUUCGACCACACCCCAUUCUCUCCACGACUGGUGUGGACUAAGAGCAUCCAGUAUAUCAGGGAUUGCGGAUGUUCUGGUCGUGAAACCCAAGCUGGGAAUUUUGGCCGUGGGGGAGGUGAAGGGUGACGGAUCGACAGGGGAGUACCAGAUCCUGGGUGCACUCUUGAUGCUAUAUGAAGAACCGAAUGUUUACCCUGUCGGUUUCUCUGCUAAUGAGCACACAAUGUCGAUAUACCAAUAUGUGCCAGGUGGCAAGGCCACUGAAGACAUGAGAUACAAGCUGAGACGAAUGAAGGACACCGUUACAUUCCAAAGGAAGGACUAUCUCACGCAAGACCUACAACAAGUCAUUUCUUACGUCGACGAUCUUCUUACUCUCCUCCAGCACGUGGAGUCGGAGUUGAGGCAAGCCAUCCCACCCACACCGGUGGACAGAGAUAUCAGCAGCAGGAACGGCAUCAACAGAUCACCUUCUACAGCUCCUGGUAGAUAUUGAUAGGAGGUUGCAAACCCUGGAGAGGCAGGACCGGGAGCUGAGGAUGCAGGAGCAGGAGGAACUGAAGCGGGACACCCAUGAAAUAGUAGAGGGGGUAAAAGCUCUGCCCAUCUGAAUAUUGUAAUGCCUAUUGCCAGUUGUGUAUACACUACCU